GGAGGUUAAAACUGUAGCUUCACAAGAAGGUCACUUCAAAUUUCAAAACCAAAGACAGAAAGCAACAUUUCAUUGGUUUGAAGUUUGAACACACUGAAAAAAAUUUAACUACAAAACUGCCAUCUUGACAAAUACCCACCUCCUAUUUCUUUCAAUUUCAUAACCCCCAACAACAAAUCUUCCCUAAAACCCUCAAAAAAAAAAAUUCUCUCUCCUCAAAAACCCUCUUUUAUUUUCUACCUAUGCAGCCAUCAACACAAGGAAAAAUGCCCACUUUUCUAAACCAAAAUCAACAAAUAAACCCUUAUUUAGACCUAAAAGAAUCUCAAAACAUAAUCCCAAAUUCAAACCAAAUAAUUACUACUACUACUACUAGUAAUUUAGAUGAUAAUAAUAAUAAUUGUAUCAUCAAAAAACAAAACCCACCAAAAAGAAAAUCAAACAAAGAUAGACACAAAAAAGUUGAUGGUAGAGGAAGAAGAAUUAGGAUGCCUGCACUUUGUGCUGCAAGAAUCUUCCAAUUAACAAGAGAAUUAGGUCAUAAAUCAGAUGGAGAAACUAUUCAAUGGCUUUUACAACAAUCAGAACAAGCAAUUAUUGCUACAACUGGUAGUGGAACUAUGCCAGCAUCUUUUUUAUCAUCUUCAGUGUCCUCUGUUUCAGAACAGAGUACCACUAUUUCUAGUGGAAUUUCUGGAAUUUCAGGUGGUUUUAGUUUGAUAAAUGCAAAUUUAGGAAGAACCCAUUUUCAAUCAGGAUCAUGGCCAUAUGGGUCUAGCUCUGUUCAUGAUUCCGGGUUUUCGAUUCGAGAUAAUUUGGAUUCUAGGAACAAAUUGGGAGUUCAAGGAUUAGGAAUGUCAAAUUUGAAUAUGGGUUUGGUUAAUUUUGGACAACAACAACAACAACAACAACAACAAGGAAGAGAUAGUUUGGAACUUGGAUUAUCACAAGAUAAUGUUGGUUUUGGUGUUUUCAAUUAUGGAACAAUUAACCAAAUGUAUCAACAACUUAGGCAGAAUAAUAAUAACAAUAAUAAUAGAGAAGAGGUUGAUUUUGGCAAUGAUCAACAGCAGAAAUUUCUUGAUGAUGGUAUUGGUGGUGCUUCUCAAACUUCAAGAUAAAAAGAUAAAUGGAAAUUCUCUUGGUUUGA